GAGCAAUACAAAAGAUCUUCCGAUCUUAAAUUAACACAGUUUGAUCCGUCUUAUAGUUUUGAUCAGUCUUAAAGUGUUCAGACUCGCUUUGGGCUUUGACAAGCAAGAUGCUACGAUUUAUCGUCCUCGUCACCCUGCUGGUAUCCUCAGUGUGCGCUUUUCAGCGGGAGAUCCACAACAGCAGCUUCACUGAAAAAGAAAUUGAAGAAAUCUCUGCUGAAUUUUUGGCCAAAACAAGCCAUGGGUUCCCUGGAAUGUGCUGGGCGUGCAAAUGGGCUAUGGGCAAGAUAAAGAAACAUAUCUCUGUUACUACAAAUAAGGAAGCCAUUAAAGCGAUGCUCGGUAAUGUCUGUAAUGAGAUCGGGUUCCUAAAGUUUCUCUGCAGGGGUCUUGUGUCCAGGUACAUGGGAACUCUGAUUGAAGAGCUUUCCACCACUGAUAAUCCCGCGACGAUCUGCUCUCACAUCGGAGUCUGUUAGUCUAAACAUUCAGGGUUUUUUUUAUAAGCAAAGACAAAGUAAGGCAUUCCUAUCUGGAUAAUCCACAUAAGGCAAAAACGCUGCAUUUAAGCAAAAGCUGUUUCAGAAGUUAAAAAUAAUUUGUUAAAUGAUAAUUCAGUUAUGGUGUAAUCUUAUGAUGCUGCAUAUUAAAAAGACAUGUUAAAUUUUUUUUUAAAUAUUGUAUGAUGUAAACAUACUGUAAACAAACACGCUGCAUGUAAUUCUGAUUGAUUGCUUGUUUAUUCUCAAUAGUUGCAAAUGCUAAUAAAAGUCUGCAAAGCUCCAAGUGCA